AUGUUGUCCCUGCAUUCUAAUUUCCCAUUUAUUAUUCUAGUCCAAAUCUACUUCACUAUUCUCUUUACCACUGCUCAUUCUUGUGGUGAGAAAUGUGGGAAUUUUCACAUACCAUUUCCAUUCUACAUGAAUAAAUCUAUAUGUAAUUCAUCACUCUCAGAUGAUUUUCGUCUUUCGUGCAUCAACUCAACCUCACCUUUCCUCAACAUUGGUUCUCAAAGUUAUCGAAUUCUCCACUUCUUCUCCGAUGGAGUGCUUCUCGACUUCCCAAACACAACUUAUUGUCGUCAGUACAACGACUUAAAGUCGUUUGGAUUUAAUGGAAAUGACUACUUUGGUAUAUCUCGAGAUAAUAUCUUAGGAUUGUAUGACUGUGAGGAUUCAUCAUUGUGUAAACCAGAUUGCGAGAAAAGCAUAAUGCCUCAUUGUGAUGGAUCCCCAGGUAGAAACAGCUAUCCUUCGUGUUGCUAUCCGUUAUCUGAUACGAGUGUUUGGAGUGCAGAUGGUUUCUCUGUUUUUUCCCAGUUUGGAUGCAGGGGAUUCUCGUCUUGGGUUGACAUAUCUGCCAAUCAAAUAGGAAAACGCGGUGUUAAGUUGGAGUGGGCUGUUCCAGGAAAUUCAACCACAGCUAGUUGUGCUGCCAAUGCAGAUAUCAUCAAUGCAACAACUGUUGGUUCCGGGAUUAGAUGUGAAUGCCAAGAUGGAUAUGUAGGUGAUGGUUUUGCUGUUGGAGUAGGCUGCCUCAAAUCUUGCAUCAAAGAAGGAAAGGAAGCAUAUGGCAAAGCAUGUUACUCAACUAGUCAUGGCUCAAGGAAAACAAAAAUUCUAGCUGGAGUUCUCACUUCAGCACUCACCAUUACCUCCUUGACAGCACUUUUCUGUGUUUUAAGACGGCCUAUGAAGACGGACAUAUUUGAUCAUCCUAGUAUGACACGGAGUCAGGGUAACGUCUCGUUCCAGAAACCUUGUACAAUUCGAAUGUUUACUUACCAUGAGCUAGAACAGGCCACAAAAGGUUUUCAAGAUGAGCAAAUACUUAUUGAUCAUGGUGGUGGCAAAGCUACAUUAUAUUCUGGAGCUCUAGUGGAUGGAUCAAGGAUAGCUGUACACAGACUCCAAUGUGACAGUGAAAGAGAACUCGUCGAGGUCUUGUCACGAGUGGAGGCCUUACAUGCUGUAUCACACAAGAAUAUUCCUCACAUUCUUGGAUGGUCUGUUGAUUCUGGAUACACCCCGCUAGUGGUGUAUGAGUAUCCUGUUAAUGGAACGCUCGGAGAACAUCUUUUUCAAACUAAAGAUGAAACUAAACGAGGCCUCGAUUGGCACCACAGAAGAAACAUUGUUGCUGAAACAGCAAAUGUUCUUGCAUUCCUGCAGUGUGAGAUUUGUCCCCCCAUCGUACAUCAUGAACUCAACGCCAGUUGCAUCUUCCUAGAUGAGGACAUGACCGUAAAACUUUUUGGGCUAGAGCUCCCCACGAAUGCAAACACCGAUAACAAAAAGCAUAGCGAUGUUUACAACUUGGGGUUGGUUCUUUUGGAGGUUAUUACAGGUAGCAGCUCAGAUCAUCUUCCAUCAAAGAUAGCUUUACAGAAGAUAACAAGCGGGAAGCUAGAAGAGAUAGUCGAUCCACGUCUUUACUAUCACGAGCAGCCUAUUUUCCGGAGGGAACAGAUAGAGAUAGUUGCAGACCUUGCAACAAGAUGCAUAAUAUUUGGUUGCCAAAAUGGGAAAUUUCACAUUGGAGAUGUUUCAAGAGAACUUGUUCACAUAACAAAAGAUGGAAUUGAUGGUAGAAGUAGGAGAUGUCCAUCAACUCAUAAUCUUGAAGAAACUUUUUCCAAUUCAAGCCUUCUUCAGAUGAUAUCUAUGUCUCCUGAUUCAAUACAUGUCCCUGCAGCCAGAGGAUUCUCUUAAG